UCCACACUCAUGCGGCCAGUGAUUACCACACAAGGAAUCGUCUAUGUUGACUGUUCAAUGUUCAGAUCAGGAGGUUGGAGUCACUUGAGGAGCCAAACGUGCGCAAACGGUUCAUAACACCAUGCCGCUGAGCACGAUAAUCUGAUCGUGGAAGGCGUGUGAUAGGUGAACGCACCAAGCAAACCCACACACUAGCGACGCAGACGCGGUGUUUUUGGACGGAAAAAUCAUGAAGAUGACGCCCGCGCCAUUCAGGUGGCGGUGAGGACAGUGGAAGUGCGCGUGUCUCCAGUGAGGAGGUGCUGCAGGAGGGAGCGUCCUCCGCCGCCGCCGCCGCUGCUGCAGCUCCCUUGUUCUCAUCUCAUUCCAUUUGCAAGAGCCGACGAGGAACGGGGGAAAUCGCCGCGCCGUCCGGAGCCGAGCAUCUCUCUGCGCGUGAGCCUGGAUGAAGAUGGAGACGGCACUUGCUGGUUUCUGGAACUAUCUGCACUGUUUCUGGACAUGCCUACAGAGGAUACAGCUUCACUGACCGGGUAGAGGCAGCACGGUUUCAGAAUGCGUUCGCUAAGGAAGACCGUGGUGUUGGCCGUCCUGGUGUCAGUCGUACUGGUGCUGGCCAUCAUCCAUUCAUGGCCCACACGGACAUACACCACAGUGGAUGUAUGGCAGAGACAAGGCCUUUUAGUCGAGAGGAAUUUGGACGAAAGAGUGCCUGAGGUGGAUCACAGAUACAGCAAUAUCCCAAUACAUGUGAGAGAGAGUGUGGCGAGUUUGCUGGCACGUAAUGGAUGCGUGUGUGAGGGUGAGAGCGGGAGAGUGAACCUGCCCUUUGCCCAACUCUUAUUCCCCCGGGUGUCAGCUCACCCGCUGCACACUGCCUUCGAUGCCUCAGAGCUGGAGGAAAUCAAGAGGAGACGGGCCAAAGAGUUCAGGAGUUUCCAGAAAAGGUUGCAGUCUUCUGCAGAUGUGCUGAUGGUUGCAGAGGCAAACAAUCCAUUUCAGUAUCCAACACAGGGGGUGGAGGUGCGGCCGCUGAAAACAAUCAUCAUCCCAGGUUUGGCUCUACAUGACAUUCCCAGAGACCAUCACACAGUGAACCUCACUGCCACCCUGGGGACGCUGAAUGUCGCGGCUGAGGUGGACGGCGUCCGGAUCAGAGGCGACGGCGAGAUGCGCAUGACGCUGUCCAGCAGUCUCCUGCCCAACUUAAACAGACAGCUGCAAUUCGUCACCUACACUAACACGCUGUUCCAUCCCAGCACUGUGGACACAGUGCAGCUCGACUCAGAGGGUCAUCAAGCUACCUUCAUCAUCAAGAUACGUCAUAAGACCACACCCAAGCUCUACAACACCAGAUCCAAAGGAGAGUACAACAUCAGCGCUUUGGUUACCAUAGCGACAAAGACCUUCCUACGCUACGAUAAGCUCCAGAACCUCAUCGACAGCGUGAGAAAGUACUAUCCUACCGUCACCAUUGUCAUUGCGGAUGAUAGUGAGCAUCCCAAAAGCAUCAGCGGCCCCUACAUCGAGCAUUACAUCAUGCCUUUUGGGAAGGGCUGGUUUGCUGGACGGAACCUUGCCGUUUCACAGGUGACCACCAAAUACGUGCUCUGGGUGGACGACGACUUUAUCUUCACGGCCAACACCAAGCUGGAGAAGCUGGUGGACGUCCUGGAGCGGACCACGCUGGAUCUGGUGGGUGGCGCGGUGCGAGAGGUUUCUGGUUACACCGCCACCUACAGGCAGACCAUAUCCAUCGAGCCUGGAGAGGAGGACGGGGACUGUUUGCACAUGAGGAGAGGCUUUCAUCACGUCAUCGAGGGCUUUCCCAACUGCGUCAUCACAGAUGGGGUCAUCAACUUCUUCCUGGCUCGCACGGAUAAGGUCCAGCAGGUCGGGUUUGACCCCCGACUGGCCAGGGUGGCUCACCUGGAGUUCUUCAUCGAUGGCUUGGGAUCUCUUCACGUCGGCUCCUGCGAUGACGUCAUCAUCAACCACGCAACCAAAAUCAAGCUGCCCUGGGUCAGCCAGUCGGAGAGUGACAAGACUUAUGCCAAAUUCCGCUACCCUUCCGCCUCCUCAGACGCCACACACACGAAAAAUGGCCUCCUCUACUUCAAGUACAGAUUCCAGUGUUUGACUCAUAAUUAGUUUCUUGACAAGCUGCCAAAGAAAGUUUCACCACCGCAGUGUCUGGGCUGAGCAGAGGAGCUCGUGCUCAAGGAAAGAGUUUUGUGCCAUCAGAGCAUGUUGGGUCACUCGUUGCACCGGGCUGCUGCUCCUCAAUUUUGCUUGACUUGAAGCUGGAAACACGUCCUGCUGUAUUGUUUACAAACCCCACAAGUAUUUAAUGAACUACAAAUGGAAGUAUUUUUGGCUUGGCUUCAUUAAGUUAAGGCCCAUUCCCUGAGAGUCGGGGUCGCUUUGUUGUCUACUCAGAAGAAAGUGGACUGGCGGAGUGAGUGGGAGGGUCCACAUCCACUCCAACCAUGGGACACUUGCCAAAAGGUGCCGCUACAGAAUAAAGUGUUAGCGUUUCGAACAAGGAAACACGGAGGACAUGGCUGUGGUAGCUGGGCUUUUUUAAUUUGGGGAUUUCAAAUCAUAACAGCCUGAUGUGACCUGGAAGUAGCCCUGUGUUUCUUUCCAUUUUUUUUUUAACAAAAUGAGGCAAUAAGUCCAGGCUUUUGAUUGAAGCCAGAGGUGCAUGUCGCUGUUAUUUUGAAAAACUAGGAAGUCAAAUAAACCAAAACCAACAUUCUAUAAAGAUGUUUGGGUUAUUUAAAUGUGGAAAAUAAUCUCCAGAAAGGCGUGAUUUCCCCGUGAAUAUCCUAGAACUUCAGGCAAAUACGCUGUCCUGACAUAUAACUGCCUUUAGAUGGCGCCCCUUUACCACCCUGUUGUUUGAGUUCGACGUGACAUCGUUUUUUUUUUUUAUUUGACCUUACUUUCAAAGAGGUGCCAGAUUUUUUUCCAGUCACAAAAGGAAUAUUUUCAAAUCUGCGUGUGUGAUUUUUUUCUAGCUGUUAUUGUCCAAUUUCAUUUACCUCAUGUGGACAUUGGGAGUCCAUGAAAGCAGUAUAUAUUUUUUGUCUUCACGUUGUUAGAGCCAAAAAUAUUUUCUCAGCCAUUAAUGUUUUAACACUGACAUCAAUCUUGCCUGCGUCACCCGAAAGUAUCACGACUGUAUGUCUUCUGACCACUAUGCUAUCAUUAAUGCAGUUUUCUAUUCAAUUUAAGUGCUGACAUAUUAAAAUGUUUGUGUAAAUACAUUACAAGUCUGAUGAAAA